CUGUCCUUUGGUAUAAUGCACAUAUGUUGCUGCCUUCAUGAACCUCCGUGUGUGUUUCAGAGAGUGACCUAUGAGACGAAGAGGCCCACCCACGAUGUGAGGACCAUAGCUGAGGUGGAGGGCGGAGUGGUGAAGGCUGGCAAGGAGUCGGAGUGGAAGGAGCAGAUCAUCGUCCCUCCUCUUCCUCAGUCCUCCCUCAUUGGCUGUGAUCUUAUAAAGAUGGAUUAUUAUGUCAAAGUCUGUCUGAAGUCUCCAGACGUCAUGUUGAUGUUGCCCAUCCACAUCGGGAACGUCUCAUUGGACAAAAAGCUGCGCUCUUCUAAGAAAGCAGCUGCUGCCUGUUCUGCUGAAGACUCACAAGAAUCUGCCAACCCCCCCUCCACCAGCACCACCACCCUCACUCUGCCCCCUCGCCCUGCCCCCAAACCUGGUCCACGUCCCACCCCUCGCUCCAGGGCGUCCUCGCAUAAUCCCCACAGUGCUCCUCCGGCUGACUCACCCCAGGGAGCCGAGGGGGGGGCUCCCAUGAACGAUGGCCUUCCAAACAAGCGCCAGUCUCAGCUGGUGUCCCCCAAUGCUUUCAGCUACGCUCCCGGCCUCUUCUUCUCCCAAAACCAGCAGCACAACGGGCCAAGCCCAGCCCCCCCUGGGUCCACGGGGGCCACAGCACCGUACCCCUCUGAGAGCAGCGCCAGCUUAAUGCCAACACCACUCAUCCUGCCUCCAGACUACGGUGCCUCAGUUUAUCCACAAGAGGCUCCCCCUUCCUAUGAUGACAGCUUCAACACAUGAAGAAGCAGCAACCACCAAAGAAACCAUCAAACUAAUAUCCCCUGGUAUAAUGAGGGAACUUUACCUACCUGUCAAAGGACUUUCUAAAUGUCAGGUUGACAUUUUGAAUUUUAAUGAAACUGGACUGACCUCACACUCUGCUGACCAGUGAACAAAUACCUUUAAUAAUCUAAAGGGGUUAUUCUUUCUUCAAACUACAUCCAAUCAACACUGUCAGUCCUUUUCGGUAUGCUUUUGCACUUUGAAGGGAAUCUGCAGAUUUGAUUAGCUGUUUGAGCAGGAGUCAUGUCAUUAGUAGGGGGCUAUUUAGAAGUCCCUCAGAUGUCAAGUGAUGUCAAGUUCGGAAGUUUUAUGUACGGAAACCUGUGCAAAACAAACAUCUCAAUUAGUCUAUCAUAUUUUUUCCAGAAGAAUAAUAGGAAAGGAAGGGGGAUCAUCUUCUGGCAGAUCUUUUCAUCUUUUCAUUUAAUCUGAGUUUCGAUAACGCUAGAUUUAAUGGUUUGGUUGAAAAUAUUUGUUUUAUUUGCUUUUGAUCAGGAGUUUUCUGUGUUAAGAUGAUAAGGAUAAUCCAGAUAUUGCUCUUGUAUAAAUAUAUCUUCAUAGGGCUAUAAUGCAUGAUACAUUUUGGCUUCUUAAGAUUUUUGCCAUGUUUGAGCCUUUUUUACUUUUGUGCCCUUGCACUGUGUUGUGAUUGUGUUGGUUCUUUAUACACCAGGCAUACUUUUUUUUAAAUUUCUUUUAGCAACAUCACUGUGAUUUCAGGUUGUAUAAGCAGGUAUUGAUGUAGUUCAAAUCCUCUUGUCUUGAUACUUUUUUUUAAUAGAUUUUAAUAUUUCUU